AUGGAUAGUGCGACAACAAUUGAGAUAAAGGUCAAGUACAGGACAAUAACAACAAGUCACACAAAAUAUGUAAAUACAACAAUAACAGCUCAAGGUCUGAUAGAAUCUUAUUCGGUCAGAUCCAUAACAAAGUCCUACCAGCGUUCAGACUCUUUGAAAAAAACCGAUACGACUUUAUUUCCGCAAAUAUUCGCUCAACAACUGCUUUAUUUUAGCAAAGUUUCACGCUGUGCUUCUUCAUAUUCUGUGCAUAAAUUUCACGCCUCUGUCUCACUCUCCAUCUAUCAUCGUCUACUCAAAUUUGUUUUCUCUUCAACAGUUCAUAAUUUUAUCAGAAAAGAGCGACUAAAUGAUGACUUGUUUAAUCAAUAUGAUUUGCCUCAAGUAAUAUUUGAGGAAGAAGGAGAACACGAACAAGUAUUGGAUGAAACAAACGGACCUAGCUGGACAACUGAAGAUUCGCAAUUUAUGAACAAUAUGCGUGAAGGAAUUGCACUUCAGCUAGUGCAAGGAAAAGGAAAUGCUUGA